AUGACUGGGGCACAUGUACAAACUGAAGCACAAGAGGAUCACAGAGUCAGAGGCGCGCGCGACGCCUGCACGUGCCCGCCUCGUGCAACAUGGCCAUGCCAGCACGCCGCUAUCGACCGUGCGCCGGCCCGCCGCCUAGCGACUGACGCGCGAACCAUGCGCGCGCAAUUACAGCUCUCACCCCUCGGCCGCUACCCUCGCACCCGGCCCGAACAAACAGCCUAG